AUGAAUAUGUCAGAUAUAAUAUCUUGUUUCAAUGAGAAUGCAGUGAAUGUGUCACACUCUUCGUGUUCUAGCUACUCAAACAACGCGUGCAUAUCUCCCAGUUUUACACCUUCAACACAAAACUCAGUUUCUUCUGUCUACAAAACCACCCUCUCCAACCAAAAGCAGAUUCUCAUCACAGUCACGUGGUGCAAGACCCACUCCAACCAAGGACUCACCAUAACCUUCGGGGAAGAGAACCCUUUGGCACCAUCUUUCAGACUCAACACAAAUUCACGGUUUUUCAGGAAAAAGAAAGGAAGCAAGGUCCUAGAAUCGGAAGACUCUAAGGUUGAAGUCUUCUGGGAUCUCUCCAGGGCCAAGUACAACACUGGUCCGGAACCUGUUGAAGGAUUUUAUGUGGCGAUUCUAGUUGAUGCAGAAAUAGGUCUCGUUCUGGGGGAAGAUGAUGCGGUGAAGAAGUUCAAAACGAGAACCCUUUUGGCCAAAGUGUCGCUGUUGUCACGGCGCGAACAUUGCUCUGGCAACGCGGUUUACGCCACCAAGGCUCAGUUCUGUGACACUGGAACUUGGCAUGACAUUUUGAUCCGAUGCAGUGGGGAGCAUGAGGGUCUCAAGGCUCCUGUUUUGUCCGUUUGCAUUGACAAGAAAACGGUGAUCCGUGUGAAGAGGCUGCAGUGGAAUUUCAGGGGCAACCAAACGAUUUUCGUUGAUGGGUUGCUGGUGGAUUUGCUUUGGGAUGUUCAUAACUGGUUUUUCAACCCUGCUUCUGGGUAUGCAGUGUUCAUGUUCAGGACCAGAAGUGGCUUGGAUAGCAGAUUGUGGUUAGAAGAAAAGAUUGCACAGAAAGAUAAAGAUAGAGUUGAAUUCUCCUUGUUGAUCUACGCAUGUAAAAGCACAUGA